CUUUAGACACUUUGCCUUUAAUACUCAGUAUCCCUAUCUCGACACACCCACGCAAUGACAGUUAAGAUUCUUGGCACUGUGCUUUUACUAGCCAGCACACUUGCAAAUGCCUUGAGCCUAGCGACAGCGAAAGAAAAAAACUUCAUCCCUCGUAGCCUUUCGCCUGACAACGAGUCUCGACACCAGCUCCGAGAUGUGAAGCACAUGACGAGCUCCAAUUGGAACGGAGGCGAAGUCGUUGGCCCACGUUUUGAGUCCGUCACGGCAGAGGUCGUUAUCCCAAACAUCACUUUUCCGUAUGGAUAUAAUUCCAGCGCAUACUACGCCUCGUCGGUCUGGGUCGGCAUCGGCGGAGACCAGCACACGUGCGAUAGCCCGAAUUGGGCCAACAAUGGAGGGCUCAUCCAGGGAGGUUACUACUAUUUGUACGACAAAGAGGGCGACUUUGGUGUUUUUGCCUUCUAUGAAUGGUUCCCUAACCCACCGAUCUUUCUGGACAACACUCGGGGUAUUCUGACUGAUAUUGGGGAUCAUGUGCGCAUGACUGUAACGCAGAAGGAUAACACGACUGGCACUUUUACUUGGGAGAAUCUCACUCAGGACAAGAAAUUUGAAGUCGACUUGACAGCUCCGGUGAAUGGGACGCUGUGCACGAAUCAUGCAGAGUGGAUCAUUGAGACCUUUAUGACACCCGAGAAUCCCGAAUCCUACUUCCCUGAUUUUGGCGAGCUGUCGUUUACCAACAUUGAGGCGGUGUCAGAAGCGGGCAAGGUGGCAUCGCUGGCUGAUGGGUACAUCAUAGCUGCGCAGCCCAAACCGAACAGUGGAAGGUACCUUACAAGCUGUGAGAUAGUAGACGUCGAUGGCACAACGUGCAAAUGGCUUGGAUAUAAGGGAAUCUUUGACUAGACGACCAAGGUGUUCCGUUUAUUACCAAUGGCACUUGAGAAGAGAAG